UUUUUGGAAACGAAACCUAAAAACCGUCGUUGAUACACUUUACCGAGCCCAAAGUAUAAAUCCAAACCGAACGUACUCCCAAACUAGAGAAAGUGCCGCCGGUUAUCCGGAUGAACGCGCCGCAUGUUGGGAAUGAAAGACAGGAACUAGUUGUCGCGAGCGCGCGAGCGGGGGAUGAGCAGCAGAGCCGGCACUACUUUGCCCUGUGUGUGCGUUGGGUGAAUGGAGGCGCAGCUCUUCCUGGUGGUGGCGAACAAACACUGACAACUACAGGGCGGCCAGCGGCACGGCCACACACACCUUCUCCUUCGCCCCAAACCGACACCAAAACAUGGCUAGUGACAGCAAACACACCGCGCAGUUGAAAUCCGAACUGUACUUCCUAAUAGCCCGGUUUUUGGAAGCUGGACCUUGUCAGGACUCGGCAGAGACCCUGAUUCGGGAGGUUCAGGAGAAGGAGCUGUUACCCAAAAGGAUAGAUUGGACUGGAAAGGAACACCCUGGGAGUUACGAAAAUUUGGUGAAACUAUAUAAACACACUUCUCCAGAUCACCUGUUGCGAGUGUGUGAGCGAGUCGGUCCUCUUUUGGAGAGAGAGGUUCCUGCUAGUGUGCCAGGAGUCAACUCGCUGCUGGGUGUGGGGCGCCAGUCUCUGCUCCGCACCAACAAGAGUUGUAAGCACGUGGUAUGGAAGGGUUCAGCCCUCGCAGCCCUGCACUCUGGCAGGCCACCCGAGCCGCCAGUCAUCUACGGAAGCCCGCCCAACAUCGUGGAGACAUCUUACAGCCGGAAGCUGAAUGGUUCGUACCGUUUGGGUCAGCUAGUCCCCACAGCUGUUUACUCACACAUGAAGAUGCACAAGAGGAUUCUGGGACAUCUGUCCUCAGUGUAUUGUGUCGCCUUCGACCGGACGGGCCGCCGCAUCUUCACAGGUUCAGAUGACUGCCUGGUGAAGAUCUGGGCCACAGACGAUGGGAGAUUGUUAGCCACACUGAGGGGUCACGCUGCAGAAAUCUCAGACAUGGCGGUGAACUACGAGAACACACUGCUGGCAGCUGGAAGCUGUGAUAAGAUGAUCAGAGUGUGGUGUCUACAGACGUGCGCUCCACUGGCUGUGCUAGAGGGACACGCAGCCUCUAUAACGUCACUACAGUUCUCUCCUCUUUGCAGCGGUAAUAAGAGGUUUCUGUCCUCCACCGGUGCCGAUGGAACAAUCUGCUUCUGGCAGUGGGACGCUCGGACGCUCAAAUUUGGGCCACGACCCAGCAAAUUCACAGAACGGCCCAGACCAGGUGUGCAGAUGAUCUGCUCAUCAUUCAGUGCAGGUGGGAUGUUUUUGGCUACAGGCAGCACUGAUCACAUUAUCAGAGUUUACUACUUUGGUGGAGAUCAGCCAGAGAAGAUAGCUGAGCUGGAGUCACACACUGAUAAAGUCGACAGCAUCCAGUUCUCACAUGGAGGAGACAGGUUUGUGAGUGGCAGUAGAGACGGGACAGCGCGAAUAUGGCAGCUGCAGCAACAGGACUGGAGAAGCAUCCUGCUGGACAUGGCCACCAAACUGCCAGGGAAGUACAACCCUCCACCCCUGGAGGACAAAGUGACCAAACUCAAGGUCACUAUGGUGGCCUGGAAUCGUCAUGACAACAUGGUCAUCACAGCGGCCAACAACCUGACACUGAAGGUGUGGAACUCGUACACGGGCAGCCUCAUCCACAUCCUCAUGGGCCAUGAGGACGAGGUGUUUGUGUUGGAGCCACACCCCUUCGAUCCCAGAGUGCUGUUCUCCGCUGGCCACGAUGGCAAUGCUAUUGUGUGGGAUCUGGCACGAGGUGUUAAAAUACGCUCCUACUUCAACAUGAUUGAGGGUCAGGGGCACGGCGCGCUGUUUGACUGUAAGUGUUCUCCAGAUGGGCAGCACUUUGCCUGUACGGAUUCUCACGGACACCUGCUCAUCUUUGGCUUCGGCUCCAGCAGCAGAUAUGACAAGAUAGCGGACCAGAUGUUCUUCCACACCGAUUACCGGCCGCUGAUCCGUGACGCCCACAACUACGUGUUGGAUGAGCAGACGCAGCAGGCCCCCCACCUCAUGCCCCCACCUUUCCUGGUGGAUGUGGACGGGAACCCUCACCCUCCUCGCUAUCAGCGCCUGGUGCCCGGUCGCGAGAACUGCAGAGAGGAGCAGCUCAUCCCACAGAUGGGUCUGACGUCAUCAGGAUUAAAUCAGGUGUUGAGUCAGCAAGCAGCGGAAGGUUCCAGUCCCCUGGACAGCAUGAUCCAGAGACUGCAGCAGGAACAGGACCAGAGACUGGGCUCAGACUCCAGAGCUGCCCGAGGGUCUGUGAGCUCCCCUACAGAAGUGUCGUCUCCCCCUAACGUGGGUCUGAGGCGCAGUGGUCAGAUCGAGGGGGUCAGGCAGAUGCACAGCAACGCUCCUCGCAGCGAGAUGGCCACCGAGACCGACCUGGUAGCCUGGAGCAGACGAGUACUGGUGCCUGAACUCUCACGCGGAACAGCCAGUAAACAAGAGAUCUGGAGGACGGCUCGAGGAGAGGAGGAGAUGAACGUCUACAGAUCAGAGAGGAGGAGACGCAGUAUACACAGCCAGUACCACAGAGAGAACCGGCACGCAACGGAGAGCACGGUGGAGGAGGGGCGCCGUCACCAAGGCAACCAGCACAACUACCACACGCGGCUGGCCGUGGAAGAGACGAGUCGUCAGAGUGAGGCCAACGAGGAGGAGCCUAGUGCUUCAGAGGGUGAGGCAGAUGCCCGUCCUCCUAGCAGAGAGUCUUCAGAUGAAGAGAGAGAAGAAAAGGAACCCUGGCCUGAUGAUCACAGCAGCUCCAGUGACUACUCAAGCGAUUACUCAGACUGGACGGCGGAUGCAGGCAUAAAUCUUGAACCACCCAAGAAGACGACGGUGAAAAAGAAGAAGAAGAACACGAGCAGCUCUGAGGAGGAUGGAGAGAAGAAAAAAGAGAAAGAUGCUAAGAAAGAGAGGAGGAAAGAAAAACAAGACAAAGACGGAGCACUACCAAAGAAGAAAAAGCCAAAGGAGAAGAGGAAGAGAUUACCUGAGUUACAGGAGCAGGGUCUGACUCUAGAGGAGUGGCUGCCCUCUGAUUGGAUCACAGACACCGUGCCACGGAGAUGCCCCUUCACUCCUCAGAUGGGUGAUGAGGUGUAUUACUUCAGGCAAGGUCACGAGGCAUAUGUGGAGAUGGCCAAAAAAAACAGGAUCUUCAGCAUCAACCCUAAGAAGCAGCCUUGGCACAAGAUGGAGCUGCGGGAGCAGGAGCUGAUGAAGAUAGUAGGUAUUAAGUAUGAGGUGGGUUUGCCCACUCUGUGCUGUCUGAAGCUGGCCUUCUUGGACCCAGACACAGGCAAACUAACAGGCGGCUCCUUCUCCAUGAAAUACCAUGACAUGCCUGAUGUCAUCGAUUUUCUGGUACUCCGUCAGCAGUUUGACAAUGCAAGACAGCGUCAGUGGAUGAUAGGUGAUCGUUUCCGCUCUGUGAUCGAUGAUGCCUGGUGGUUUGGUACGAUCGACAGUCAGGAGCCAUACCAGGCGGAAUAUCCUGAUAGCCUCUUCCAGUGCUAUAACGUUUGCUGGGAUAAUGGUGACACAGAAAAGAUGAGCCCGUGGGACAUGGAAGAGAUACCUAAUGAAGCGGCGUUUCCUGAAGUCUUGGGUCAGAGUGUGCCAUUAACUGCAGAGGAACACAAGGCCUUACUCUAUCGUCCUCUGGAUGGAGAGUGGGGCUCACGGACACGUGAUGAAGAGUGUCAACGAAUCAUCGCUGGCAUUGACCAACUGAUCACUCUGGAUGUAGCAGCUCCAUUUGCCGUGCCCGUGGAUCUGCAGGCGUAUCCCACAUACUGUACUGUGGUGGCUUAUGUCACGGACCUGAGUACAAUCCGGACCAGACUGGAAAAUCGCUUCUAUAGGCGAAUGUCCUCUCUCAUGUGGGAGGUUCGCUACAUUGAGCACAACGCACAGACUUUUAACGAGCCUGGAGCUUUCAUCGUCAAAACGGCCAAAUUUGUAUCAGACCUUCUGCUGCAGUUUAUUAAGGACCAAAGUUGCACUGACAUUAUUCCACUGUACAGUAGCAUGAAAAAGACAGCUUUCUCUGACUCAAGUGAUGAUGAAGAAGAAGAGGAUGAAGAGCCUGAAACUCCAGGUACAUCUAAGCGCAAUAAUAAGGGCAAGCAGAAGCCCAUCCUGAGAAAUCUGAGGAAUAAACCUGCAUCUGGAGACCCCCAUGCCUGGAGGGGGCGCUGCAGAGAGCUGCUGGACCUCAUAUUCCAGUGUGAGGACUCUGAGCCUUUCCGACAACCCGUGGAUCUCGAAGAAUACCCGGAUUACCUGGAAAUUGUGGACACCCCUAUGGACUUCGGGACAGUCCAGAAAACUCUUUUAGCAGGAGAAUACGAGUCUCCGAUGGACUUAUGCAAAGACGUGCGACUCAUAUUCAGCAAUUCCAAAGCCUACACACCCAGCAAGAAGUCCAGGAUCUACAGUAUGAGUCUUCGCCUGUCUGCCCUGUUUGAAGAACACGUCAGCUCGAUCGUAGAUGAUUUCAAAGCAGCUCAGAGCCGACAGACAGAGCGGCAGACCCGACAACGCCUGCACAGAGAACGACCAACCAGACAAACCAUGAAGAGGAGGAGACGAAGCUCUUCCCCUUCCAGCUCUGCCUCCAGCCCUGAGAGAAAGAAGCGUGUCUCGUCACGGGCUCCUCCCCGCUCUGAUGCAGCAGCUCCACCCACACCAGUUAGCCACUCCCGCCCUGCGUCCUUAAGACAAACACUUCCGCAUAUCAACGGCAAAGCGGAACACACCGUCACCGCUGGACGCACUCGUAGCUCCACUCGUUUUGGCACUCAAUCCACAGACCCACCUCCAUCACAGUCAUCUCCACCCUCUGUCCCCACCCACAGUAAAGGACCUGAGUCCACAUCCAGGACUGCUCGAGCUCAGAACUCUCAGGCUUCUCCCAGCAUCUCCAAGGAAACAGAGAGUUCCAACAACACGGACAGCGGGGGCAGGGAGUCGAGGCGGAAACUUCGAACUCCUGUUAAGCACACGCCAGGUCCAGUGGAUCAUCCUCCUCUUCCUCCCAACAACAUUCAUCUGAAUGGCCAUAGCAGUCAAACAUCAUUGGGUGUAGUGAAAAGGGGGCGGGGCAGACCCAGACUGGAGUCUCAAAUAAGGACAGCGGAAGUUGUUGAGCCACCCCCGUUGCUCCGCCCUCCAGGGAAGCGGGGCAGGAAAAGUAAAAAAGAGCUGGAGGCUCUGCGUUUGAACUCCACCAACGAGGAGGAGCCCGACCAGUCCACAGGUGACGAGGCCGGGGCUUCGUCUACCGCACAGGAUACUAGCCUAUCAGACUCAGGGGCGGGGCUUCCACAGCAACCAAAACGUCGUGGAAGACCACGGUUAGUGAGGACAGUAGAGCAAGCCCCUCCAAGUCCCAAAACUGUUAGAAGGAGCGGUCGCCGUGGCAAUGAACAGAACACAUCACCUGCCCCGAAGGAGGUACCAGAAGGGGCGGAGUCUGGAGGGGAUGGGAACAGUAAGGGGCCUAUGAAAACGCGUAACCAGGGCCGUAGGACAGCGUUCUACAAUGAGGAAGACUCUGAAGAAGAGCAGAGACAGCUUCUGUUCGAGGACGCCUCUAUCACUUUUGGCACAUCAAGCAAAGGCAGAGUUCGCAAACUUACAGAGAAGGCCAAAGCCAACCUGAUUGGCUGGUAACAGUGCCAACCCCAUGGUUCUUUGUGCCAUCCUCUAUCUACCCCACAGCGCACUGGGGUGACACCAUUCCUGCUGCUAUCUGACUGAGUUUAUGUGAAUCUGAUCCUGACUCUGUACUGAAGGGCUUCUGGCCUUAGAGUCACCCCAAAAAAAAAAAAAAACUCACACAUGCAGUUAAACUUAUCAUUUUUUCACACAUGCAGUUAAACUUAUCACUUUUUUCUUUUCCAAGUGCACUGUUUGAAAUCCAGCAAAUCAUUAUCCUUCAGUCUGACGAACUUCCUAGUUUUUUUUUUUCCUGCAUAACACACGCACAUGAACAUGUUUUUACACAGUAGUAGUUGCUAAUAGCAACAAAUCAAAGCAUCCUUCAGAAAUCACUUUUAAACACAGAGUGUUUUCAAAGUGUACGUGUGUGUGAGUGUGUGAGUGCGUGUGUGCAGAGUUUCGGAAUAGUAUAUUUGGUGGUUAUGCAAUGAUGGACCUUUUAAACUGUUCUUAUUGUCUUUAAAUGUCUCUCUAAGUCAAAAGAAGAAAUUAUGACUGGUUUUAGCAUGUUUUAUAUGAUUAGCAAUACCUUGUGCCUUUUUGAUCAUUUAAAUACAUUGAUAUUUCUUUGUACUCCACACUGUGUAGUAUUGUGUGUGUGUGUGUGUGUUAAGUGCUUUUCUAUUGUUGAUUCAUCCUGUACAGACUGGUGAGCAGAGAGUCUCCCUCUGACCAUGUGAGCGUGUGUGUGUGUGUGUGUGUGUGUGUGUGUGUGUGUGCUAGGACAGUGAAAUGUCUUUAAAUUGCAUUCGAAUUUGGGUUCCCGUGUGGUGCAGCGGCAAAUGGUAUCUCAUUGAUACAGAAGAAGGCAGUUAGUGUCUUCAUCAGCUGCCAGGAGGAAAGCAUGUGCUACCCUUCACUCUUCCUCAUUGCUCGCUGUUGUGUGAUAGGUGAGAACUAGCUACUGGGUAGAAAUGUUUAAAAAAGUGCAUUCAUGCAAUUAAUUCAGUGCAUUUGAAUAUUAAUAUUAAUGCUCCAAACAACAAAGUGAAAAUCAGCAGUAAACUCUACACUAUGGGUUUGUAUCACAUAAGCUGUGAAAUGGGAAAAUCAAAAAGUAGCAAUAUCAUAAUUUCAUCAUAAAAUUUAAUGUUUAAAGUUUAUUUUUAUUUAUGUGUGUUCUUUAUUUACCCAAUUGAAAAAAAUAUUUAUAUAUUUAUUUACCCACUUGAACAUGGCUUCCUAUUCACAAUAUAUAUAUAUAUAGACACACACACACACACACACUCACUACAUAUGGUAUAAUAAUGCUGUUGUAGAACCUUUAAUCGUGCUCAGUGUGUCGUGGAGAACGCCAUUUGAGAUUCAGUCAAAGAUAAACAGUGAAUCCAACACCUAUCUGUGGAAAUUAACUGCUUACAAAUAAGAUGCUUGUUUCAUUACUUGGUUACGCCUCCCCUCGCCUUAACACCAGCACCAGUCCUGUCAGGUAAGGCCUGAUUGUCUUGAGUAGUAAAUUGUAGCGUACUCUUCCACAGAAAGGGGGCAGUUCAUCUAGAGCUCAAGGGUGCCUAUGUUUCACUAUGUGUUGUUCCAAGAUAUUUUGUAAGUUUUCAAUAGGAUCGAGGUAUUUGACCCUAUGAUUUGUCCCUACGAACCCUACAGUCAUCAUCAUCGGAACAUGGGACGUGACGAUGAUGUGCUCUGCUUGGAGUCUGGAAAACAAAUGACCAUCUGGUUUUAUAUCGAGUCCAGGUAUGCAACCUGUUAAUGUUGUCUCAUAAGCAGAUGCUACUGGUGGAAGAUAUAAAUGACCAUUUUCUUAUAUCAAGUGACAAUUCAUCCAAAAAAGUUUUUGAUAGACUUGCGUUAUUGCCACUAAAAGGCUGAAUGAUGUCUUUGCUUUCGUAUUAAGUAGUAAAUAUUCUGUAAUUUUUGACAGCAGUGUGUGUGUGUGUGUGUGCAUGUAUGUGUGUGUAAGUUUUGUAACAGAGGUGACCCUCCUGCUCAUGCAGUCUGUAGAAAUGUAUUUGUAGUGACAUUAUUUCACAGUCACACACUUAUACCCCAAAUUCUCGCUGUGGCACUUGAAAGACUCACUUGCAACACACACACACAUCUUGAGAGCUCUAUUCUUUGCCAUUUCACCAUUUCUGCACUGCACUUUGGGGUUCAUCUUGUACUUUAGAGGAGCUCCACUGAUGUAAAUCCUGCACCUUAUGAUAGAUUGUAGGAUUUAUUCUGUAAGCGCACAGUCAUUCAGGAGCACUGGGGGUUCUCGUCACAUCUGCUCAUUCAGGCAGAUAACACAGAGGCGAGAGAAACAGCGACGGUCCUUAUGUGUCUGUGCUUUGACCCAUUUUUUAGAUUUUUUUUGCUUGUUUUUCUUCUGUGAAAGACACGAACAUAGGCAUGUGCUGAUAGAACAAGGAAUAGCACACAACACACAAUAUGCAAAGUUGAUUAUUUUCCUAUAACAGCAUGUCUGAAAGUGUUUUAUUCUUUUUAUAGCACAGCAAUUUACAAUCUAUUACAUUUUUGUUAUUAAUUAAAGAAUGACACUUUAUACAUUUUAUUAGUUUCUAGUUAUAUUUAGUGUUAAUGAAGUUAGUUCCUGUACUCUUGUUUCUUUCAGGAAGAUGCAGCCCUGGUAGGAAGCAUUUUGGGAUAAAAUCCACCCCAAAAAAACAAAAUAAGGACAGCUGUGCUUUCACUAUUUUGUCCAAAUUUUAAGGAUCACUGCCUUUGUCCUUCUUUGAGAACUCUGAUGAACUUACAGAAUUGCGAUGAGUAUUUACAUGCACAUUAAUAAUACAAUCUGAUUUUGACAGAUUGGUGUAAAUACCAUUAACCUGGCACCUCUUUAGUUUUUCUAAAUAUCCACAUAUGCAUUUUUACAUUAUUAUUAUUAUUAUUAUUUUAUAUCAUUAUUGUUUGUGCAGUUUGCAACCAUAAAAACUCCAAAUAAUUUGGUAAAGUAUUCAACAGUAAAGUAACUUUAGAGUUAACCUUUCAGCAGCCAUAGGUCAUUUGUAACAGUAACAUUUAACUAUAAAAGGUUAAAAUAUGUUGUUAAUUAAUAAUUUUUUAAUGUAAUAGCUGGCAAAUUGUUGUGGUAUAAGAGGAAUAAAACCCCUUAGUACGUGUUGAUUAUUUUCCUAUUAUAUCACACCCUGUCACGUUUUCUUAAAUAAUGAGGUAGUGUUUAUCAGUGCUACUCCACGUCCGUUUUAUAGGUUAAUAAAAAAAAAAACAGAUUAACUAAAUAAAAAGGAUAAAAAUAAUUCAUUACACUAGAGUUGCUAACUAAUUGACUCAACUAAAAAUAAUCAGCUUAAUGGUUUUUGUAGAUUUGGUUUUUCUUAAGUGACUGUAAAGAUGUUUUUUUUUUUUUUUUUUCUACAGUAUUUAAUGAUUUUGUACAUGUUUUAGUAUAAGUAUGUGCAUGUUUAAACACCACUUUUAAUAUUAGAAUGAUCUGAUUUUGGCAGUUAGCAGAUCAGUUUAAAGCCAUUUUUUGAAUUUUAAAGCUAUUUUUUGAAGGGGGGGGGGGGGGGGGGGGGGGGGGGGGGGGCGGUGUGCGGAUCCUUGAUUCUGAAAGUAAAUGCACUGUUUUUGGGGGAAAAAAAUGCAAUUACCGAUUAGCUCAUGCAAACCCAGAGUUUUCCCGCUAUAAAUAGGUGUGUUUAAAUGAGAUGGAUUCAUUAUUGUCAUUUUCUGUAGUGAUGAUAUACUAUUGCAAGAUAUAAGAAAAGGUUAGAUACUGAUAUAGAAAUAGAAAUUGAAUAUCAGCACAUGCCUAGCAGUGAUAGCAAGUCAAGUCUCCAUGAGGCUUGAAAUAGUUUGUACUUGUCAUCCAUUUUAUUUACUUGUUUUUGUUUUUUUUUAUCUGUUGGUUAAAGUUUUUUGUCCUGUCAGCUGUUGUGGUCUGGUUGGCUCCUGCUGUGGCAGGAUUUAGAUCAUAGCUUUAAGCCUGGUUCAGUGAACCAAAGCCCAUGCACCUGUGUGGGGUGUGUGUGUGUGUGUGUGUGUAUACAUGGUGUUGGUACUCUUUGUUAAUGUGUGUAAGUCUACAUGUCAUUAAGAUGAUUUUAUAUCCACUGUUUCUGAAAUGAAAUCUUAUCGUGUCGGACCCUCCCUCGAUCACCCCACCCUGACACCUGCACAGGAAGUGAUGUGAUGCUGAUAAUGGGAUGUGAAUGAGUGAGCUAGAGGAGAAGCAGGCCACACGUGCACUCAGUCCUCUGUCCCAGACACUCCGGGGUGGGGUUUUAGAACGCCCUGGCUGGGGGCACUUUGUAUUAUGAUCAUUUGUAUACUUUUAUAUGAAGAAAUCAGAUUAACUGCAAAAAAAACCUGAUUAAAUUACAAUGUACCUGUAGAGAGUAGUGUUGUCAUUAGUACAUACUGAUAUUUUAAUGAAAUAAACUCAUGUUUCCACA